GCGGGCGGCCGGGCGGCGCGGCUCCAUCUGAUAGGUUUCACGUGGGUCCUUCGUGAGCGAGCGGAGCAACAAAAGCGCGGCUGGGAGGUGCCUGUGGGUCUAUUUUAGAGGCUGCCUUUGGAAGCUGUGAUCGUGGCUGUCCUUCACAUGAGGUCAGGUUAAUUUGGGAAUCACCCCUGGCACAUCACUGAUUUCCAGAUCUGUCUCAAUGAGCCUAUUUUAGGACAACUGUGAGGCUUCUAGAAAGAUCUUCUCCUGAGGAUGAGCAGCGUGAGCAACACAACAGCACUUGUGCUUCCUCAUCUGGAGACUGCACGUGUUUUGUUAUUCAGAGAGAUCUAACAACAUUCUUAACAGCUUUGGGAAUAAACUGGGGUCUCUUUGCAGUGUCAAACUUGUAUUGUGGCACAAGGUUCUCUCUUUUUAAAAUCAUUCUUACGUUGAAAAAUAAUUGGCAUAGCCUUUAAGAGAGCUGAGUGGCGUUGAUGUGAACCAGCCCUUAACCUCCCCAACCCUUUUUUUUCUUCCUUUACUUCAUCUCACAGCUCGCUUUGCCACAACUGAAUACAUACAACCUCCUUCUGCGGCCUUUUUUAUUCACGUUCUGCUGUUAUCUCUGUGAGGUUCCUCUUCACUGCUUCUUAUCUUUUUUUUUUUCAUCCUACUUUCUGCAGAUGCUUUAGCUUUUUGUUCUGGCUGCCCUUACCUUGGGCUCCACUUAGGGGCGGCUGAGCCCAAGGAUGCCAGCUGUGCCCCAAGAUUCUCACCCUCCUACAGACCAAUUAACCAGCUGGUGGCUACUCCCAAUAUGGGGAUUUGGAGCACAGUUUCUUAACGCAGCUGUUGGAUCAGUGGAUCACAAUCAAUCCUGAGCAUACAGCGCAGAGUGCCCCGAGGUAUAAUUACAAAACUGUUAGCUCACGGUGAUUGUAUCCCUUGUUUUAAUUUAACAGGCUGGCUGCAGGUUAGUUAUGCCACAAAUGAGGCAGUAUCAUCACCGUUCCUCUUAAUAACUCCUGCCAUGUCCUUUGAAGGGUUCUUAAUCUAAUCUAGAGCGCAAACCAUGAUUUAAUUUGUAGCCGAUUAUUACUACUAUUAGGUAUAAAGCCAGGGUAAGAAAAGAUUUGGAAAUGGUGAAUUCCAGUUAACCUCAUUUAGGCUAUUUUCCCCCUAACUAUUCUCAUCUAGCUUCUGAAUCGUUAGCAGUCACUGCAUUCCUCCUUGAGCUCCUUUUGCUGUGAAAGGCAUUUCGUUCUCCCUUUUCUCCCCACUUCUCUGAGGUCACUUUUGAAAGGAGAAGCUGUUUUAUUUGGAUAAGGAAAAAGAGGAAUAACGGUGAGGAACACGGAGGCAGAUCCUAACCGAGGAUGCAGCAGUGCAACUGCGGUUCCUAACGAGAAGGGCACCAGGUGUUCCUAAAACUCGCCUUCCAUCACAAAUCCCACCUGUCCCUUCUCCUCCAGCUGAGGCAGCCUGCUUUAAACCAGGCCUUUUUGACCCCAGGGAGGAGAAUUUUUGGGUCCCUCCUCGAGUCGUUUGGCACCACGUUUUCUUUGUGGAUGCACGCUCGCUUUAGGCGGGAAGGGUUCUGUUUUGCUGCUGCUUUUUGAGCUGAAAACGAUUAAAACCAGCACCCCCCACCACCCAGACCUCCACCCUCCGCUGAGAAUGAGAGCUCCCCCCGGAUUGGGCGCACCUCCUUCCGAUGCGUCAGCUCAUUGGUCGGCAGAGACGACGGCUUGCAAAAAGUCAGCGCCGAUUGGUUCCUCGCCAUGUCAGCUCUUCCCCGCUCAGCCUAGCCGUGAGGAGAGCGGGCUCUGGGCUGAUGUGGGGCCAGGCGCGCGCCGGCCAAUCGCUCGUGGCAGCGUCGUGACCGCCGUGCGCCGCGCGGAUCCGUCCGCAGCGCGGGGCCGCCUGAGGGGCGGCGGCCGGAGGGGAGAGGGAUGUGCGGGGUGAAAGCGGGAAUUGCCCGUUUUUGCGUCGGUCUGUGCCCGAGCUGAAUGUGACAGGCGGGCCGGGGGCGUCGGGCGAAGCUUUCAGAGGUGCUGCCCCAAAACGUCACACCUCGGCGCACGAGGGGAGCAGCUGAGCGGCCACGCGCAGGGCACGGGGACAGCGGCCGCUCUUAUCGCCGCUCCGGGCUGCGACCGCGCGCUUCGCGCCUGGGUGACCCCAGCGCCGAGCCAGAGGGCACGGGGCCGUGCGAUUGCCGUAAUCCCCUGUUUUCCCUGCCAGAUUUAUUUGGCAGCGCGUUACGCGCCGCUGUCUCGUUCUGGGCUACGUCUGCCAGUUCACGGCAAUCACCAGACGGGGAGCAGCCGAGCUGCCGUGCCCGCGGACAGCCGGCGGUGCGGCGGAAGGACACGCUCUGACCGGGCGGGGCGCACUCCUUUGGCUCCGCGGAAGGUUACCGCGACGGGCGGUGAGGCGGCCCUUAAAGCGCAGCGCCCCGCACGGGGCCGCGCAGUGCGCGCUGAGAGCCGCGGUGGGAGUGGUGCUGUGCGGCGGCUCUGCGGGAGUAGUGACGGUUCUUCGCGCGCCUCCGUUCUUCGCCGCCAUGUCCCGCGAGCCCGAGAUCAUGGAGUCGCAGGUGAUGUGGGAGCCUGACAGCAAGCGGAACACCCACAUGGAUCGGUUCCGCGCCGCCGUGGCCGGCAGCUGCGGGCUCCGCCUGGCCAACUACAAUGACUUAUACCAGUGGUCAGUGGAAUCCUUUGCGGACUUCUGGGCAGAAUUCUGGAAGUACAGUAACAUCGUGUGCUCUCGCCUGUAUGAUGAGGUGGUUGACACGUCCAAAAGUAUUGCAGAUGUCCCAGAGUGGUUUAAAGGAAGUCGCCUGAACUAUGCAGAAAAUCUUCUGAAGCACAAGGACAAUGACAAAAUUGCACUGUAUGCAGCAAAGGAAGGCAAGGAAGAAAUCUUGAAAGUGACUUUUGAAGAACUGAGACAAGCUGUGGCUUUGUAUGCUGCAGCCAUGAGAAAGAUGGGAGUAAAAAUAGGAGACAGAGUUGUGGGUUACUUACCAAACAGCAUUCAUGCAGUAGAAGCGAUGCUGGCUGCGGCGAGUAUUGGUGCUAUCUGGAGUUCAACAUCACCAGACUUUGGCAUUAACGGUGUGCUGGACAGAUUUUCUCAAAUUCAGCCUAAGCUCAUCUUCUCUGUUGAAGCUGUUGUAUAUAAUGGCAAAGAACAUAACCACUUGGAAAAGCUGCUUAGUGUGGUAAAAGGGCUUCCAGAUUUAAAAAAAGUGGUGGUGAUCCCAUAUGUCUCCUCAAGAGAAACUAUAGAUAUCUCUAAGAUUCCAAACAGUGUCUUUUUAGAAGACUUCCUUGCUACUGGGAAAGGAGACCAGGCACCCCAGCUGGAGUUUGAACAGCUGCCUUUCAGUCAUCCUCUCUUUAUCAUGUAUUCAUCAGGCACAACUGGGGCACCAAAAUGCAUGGUUCAUUCAGCAGGGGGUACACUAAUACAGCAUCUAAAGGAACACAUUCUUCAUGGCAACAUGACCAGCAGUGACAUCAUUAUGUACUACACAACGACUGGCUGGAUGAUGUGGAACUGGUUAGUGACAGCACUUGCUACGGGAGCUUCAGUGGUUUUGUAUGAUGGAUCUCCUCUAGUUCCAUCACCAAACGUGCUCUGGGACUUGAUUGACCGACUAGGGAUCACCAUCCUUGGAACGGGUGCAAAGUGGCUUGCUGUGCUAGAAGAGAAAAACUUAAAACCAUGUGAAACACACAACCUCCAAACGCUCCAUACUAUAUUGUCUACAGGAUCGCCUCUCAAAUCUCAAAGCUAUGAGUAUGUCUACAAACACAUAAAGAGCAGUGUCCUCCUGGGAUCCAUAUCAGGUGGGACAGAUAUAAUUUCAUGUUUCAUGGGUCAGAAUGUUACGAUUCCAGUUUACAAAGGAGAAAUUCAGGCCAGAAAUCUCGGAAUGGCUGUGGAAGCAUGGAAUGAUGAAGGAAAACCAGUUUGGGGUGAAAGUGGAGAGCUGGUUUGUACUAAGCCCAUUCCCUGUCAGCCUACACACUUCUGGAAUGAUGAGAACGGAAGCAAAUACAGGAAGGCUUAUUUUUCAAAAUUCCCAGGUGUUUGGGCCCAUGGUGAUUAUUGCAAAAUUAAUCCCAAGACAGGAGGAAUUGUCAUGCUUGGGCGCAGUGAUGGUACAUUAAAUCCAAACGGAGUAAGAUUCGGAAGUUCUGAAAUCUAUAAUAUAGUUGAAGCCUUUGAGGAGGUUUCUGAUAGCCUCUGUGUCCCUCAGUACAACAAAGAUGGGGAGGAAAGGGUGAUACUCUUCUUGAAGAUGGCUUCAAACCAUGCGUUCAGCGAGGAUCUGGUGAAAAGAAUUCGAGAUGCAAUCCGUGUAGCACUUUCUGCCAGGCAUGUUCCAAGCCUCAUUCUAGAAACCAAAGGCAUUCCGUAUACGAUAAAUGGGAAGAAAGUGGAAGUGGCCGUGAAGCAAAUAAUUGCGGGGAAAGAAGUAGAGCAGCGGGGAGCUUUCUCAAACCCAGAGACUUUGGACCUCUACCAAAAUAUUCCCGAGCUUCAGAAUUUCUGAAGCCACAUGUUCAUGGUUUUGUUGGUUUUUUUUUGCAUCUGUCUUUGUUCUGUGUUUGUUUUGUAUAUAUCAAUACUGUACGUAAAGAAAAAGCUCUAUUUAAUACCAGUGGUUCUUUUAAAAGAAAAAGAAAUAUCUCGUAAAGUGCAUUAUGAAAGGCUUGGGUAAAGCUUAGCUCCCUUUUAUUGCUUCAAUAUGCCAUACGUCCUGGAGUCUUUUCCAGCCUGGAAGGAGGAACCUGCCUGUUCUGAUUUUUAUAUAUAUGACGAAUGCGUUGUUUCUGGUUAGAUUCCCAUCAGUAGCCCAUCAGAUGGGAGCACCAUUAGCAGUUGAUAAUAGAAUAUUUCUUUCACUAAAUGUUCACGUUUUAAAAAAAGGAAACUGGAUUUUUAACAUUUUUCUUUUUCAAUUUAUGCAUUUUAGAGCCACCUGCAAGGAAGGUGCAGCAGUUGUAACUACUUGUCUGUGAAACACAGAAGCAUCCUAUGCAUACCAUGCAUUUACAUGUUUUUAUAAAGCCAAAUCAUAAUGCACUAAAUCUAUCUGACUUGACUCAGAAUAAUUCCAGGCCUGAAAUAGGUGAUGGUACUUCUGAAGGUAACUGCUGCUCCGUUUUGUGAUGGAACCCUCCUGUUGUUUUAAGCUCUACAUUCAUAGACUUCAGGGGAUUCGAAAGGUGGAGGAGCAAUCACUGCUGUAUUCCUGGUGUAGCUCUGGGUUCUGUCCAUGGAACUGACUGUAAUUACUCCCAAUUACAAUCCACUGUUAUGUUAGCUGAAGGAUUCCAGUGUGUUCAUAUAUUAAAAGCUGAUGUUUUUGUAACAUUUUUUUUUUACUAAAUGUCACUAUGAAAAGGAAAGGCUAAAAUGUUUUCUAGCUCUGUACCCUUCCAGUUCAUAAAGGGAAAAAUACGAUAGUGAGUAUACUAAAACAGUAAAAUGGAAGCACUAAAACGUUGUUUUCUUUUCCCACAAGGAAAAUAGAAUGGCAGCAGUUGUACCGAACCUCUGGCAGUCAGCACCUCCUGCACUAUUUGAGUUUUGUGGGUUAAGUAUUUAAUGCAUUAAAAUAAUGGAUGUCCUUA